AUGGCUCAUUUCUGCUGGUACAAAUAUGACAUCACACAGAAUCAGACAUGUGCUCAUGCUGUGUUCAUCCUCGCUCUGGCCGUCGUGGCCUGCGCAGAAGAGAAGAAGGAAGACCAGAAGAGCGCUGUUCCUGCUGAGAAGAAGCAGGACAAACGUGGAAUCUACGGUUUGGGAUAUGGUGCCGCCCCCGCACUGAGUUAUGCUGCCCCCGCACUCGCCGCCCCUGCUCUGAGUUAUGCCGCUCCAGCACUGAGUUAUGCCGCCCCCGCACUUGCUGCCCCUGCACUUAGCUAUGCCGCCCCCGCCUUUGCUCACGCUCCAGCUAUCAGUUAUGCAGCCCCAGCUCUCGCUGCUCCCGCACUGAAAUUUGCCGCCCCCGCUCUUGCCGCUCCCGCACUGAGCUAUGCCGCUCAUGCUCCCGCUGCUAUUAGCUAUGCAGCCCCCGCAAUUGCAGCCUCGCCUGCUCUUAGCUACCACCCCGCCCCAGUCGCCAGGGUUGCCUAUGCCGCCCCAGCCAUAGCUAAGGUUGCCGCCCCCGUUGCAUAUGCUGCCCCAGCCUUUAGUAAGUUGGCGGCCCCUGCUUUGAGUCUCCCUGCCGCCUACGGUGGACUCAGUUACCUUCACUAAGUCAUCACUCAGAAAUCCUCUACACGAACAACUUACCUCAUUGGUCAAGCGACCCGAUUUCAACGGAUCAGUUGUUUUCUUCAGGCGUUAUUUCUGUUUAUUGAAAAUAUUAGUUUUAAUUAUUUCUUUUUUCUCAGGAUCAUUCAUAUAUUUAUUGAAAUCAGAUCAUUUAUUUUCUGAU